AUGCGAUACGGAGAUGAAGUGAAGGUGGGCAAAGAGAAAUCAAGUGGCCAAGGGAAACUGAGGCUUGGCGGGGAAGGAAAUGGUUUAGAGGAGGAAGAGGGAGAGCGCUAUGGACCCAUAGUAGCCACAGGAAAGAGUGGUCCUGGCCUGGGGUCCAUGGCGUCAGCUGCCAGGGGAACUCUUGGUGUAAUAACAGAAGCUACAAUAAAAAUCAGACCAACCCCUGAAUACCAAAAGUAUGGCUCGGUAGCUUUCCCUAAUUUUGAACAAGGAGUAGCCUGUUUAAGAGAAAUUGCAAAACAGAGAUGUGCUCCUGCAUCUAUUCGUCUCAUGGACAACCAGCAGUUUCAGUUUGGUCAUGCCCUUAAACCUCAGGUUUCCUCUAUUUUUACAUCAUUUUUGGAUGGAUUAAAAAAGUUUUAUAUUACAAAGUUUAAAGGAUUUGAUCCAAAUCAACUAAGUGUGGCCACAUUACUGUUUGAGGGGGACCGUGAGAAGGUUCUUCAACAUGAAAAACAAGUAUAUGACAUUGCUGCAAAAUUUGGUGGACUGGCAGCUGGAGAGGAUAAUGGACAGAGAGGUUAUCUGCUGACCUAUGUCAUUGCAUACAUUCGAGACUUGGGUUUGGACUAUUAUAUAUUAGGAGAAUCUUUUGAGACUUCUGCUCCUUGGGAUAGGGUAGUAGAUCUUUGUAGAAAUGUAAAAGAAAGAAUAAGAAGGGAAUGCAAAGAGAAGGGUGUUCAGUUUGCACCUCUUUCUACAUGCAGGGUGACACAGACUUACGAUGCAGGUGCAUGUAUCUACUUCUAUUUUGCCUUUAACUACAGGGGAAUUAGUGACCCACUGACCGUGUUUGAACAAACUGAGGCAGCUGCAAGAGACGAAAUCCUUGCAAAUGGAGGGAGCCUAUCACAUCACCACGGAGGUAUUCUUUUUUGGGAAUAAGACUUCUGAUAUUCCUACUUUGAAAAAUAAAAUGUUGGGGGAAUCAUGAUGUGAGUAAAUUGAGAGGACUUGAGGUUUCUUAAGCAUUUAUAUGUGUUUGAAUAGCUGUGACUGAAGUAAAUAGGUUGUUGUAGUAACCAACAGAAACUUGCCUUGACAAUCUGCCAAAAUAUAGAACCUAGCCAGCCUUCUAAGUGCUCAGGGACCUCAUGUUACCAGAGAAUAGCCCAGCUUGCAGGGGAGUUAUGUGACCAUUACAGCCAAAGUUUUUAAAGGAAGUGGGUGAGGAACCCUGCAUAAAUGUUCUUCAGCUACUGCUGGAAUGCAGCUGGAUAUCAGUUUUAUACAUUUAAAUUUUUUUUCUGCAUACCCAAAAC